AACCAGACGUGGAUAAUGGGAAUCACGAGGUUGAGACGAAAGGCACGGCAUAAAAAGCGAGGAUUGACACCAGACAUCAGACACCAGACACCCCAAAAGAGCCGGUCAGAGGUAGCCAUGUAUUCCUCAUGGUCAGUCGUCUUCUCGUUGCUGGGCUCUCUCUGUCUGUCGACAGUUUUGGCGGUGAGGUACGAUCCCAACUGGGCUUCUCUGGACUCCAGACCGCUGCCCGCCUGGUAUGACGACAGCAAGAUUGGCAUCUUCCUGCACUGGGGUGUCUUCUCUGUACCCAGCUACCUGGACGAAUGGUUCUGGUGGCAGUGGCAAGGCUCCAAAAACACAAGGGCCGUCGACUUUAUGACCAAGAACUACAAACCUGACUUCACCUACGGUGACUUUGCUGCUGACUUCACCGCCGAAUUUUACGAUCCCUCCCGUUGGGCUAACAUCUUCAAGGCUUCGGGUGCAAAAUACGUCGUUCUAACGUCCAAGCACCAUGAAGGGUUUACUAACUGGCCAUCAAAAUACUCGUGGAACUGGAAUGCAAUGGACGUUGGACCCAACAGGGACCUUGUUGGCGAGCUUGCCAACGCCAUCAGAUCAAAGACUGAUAUCCAUUUUGGCGUUUACCACUCCCUUUUUGAAUGGUUCAACCCACUGUACCUUCAGGAUGUCAAGAACAACUACACAACUCAGGACUUUGUUGCCACCAAGACAUUGCCAGAGCUGUACGAACUGGUGAACACUUACAAACCUGACGUCGUGUGGUCUGACGGCGACUGGAUGGUCGAUGACACCUACUGGAACGCCACACACUUUCUUGCUUGGCUGUACAACGACAGCCCCGUGAAAGACACAGUCGUUGUGAACGACCGAUGGGGAAAGAACAUUCGCUGUCAUCAUGGAGGAUUCUGGAACUGCGACGACAGAUUUGUCCCAGGCAAACUUGUCAACCAUAAAUGGGAAAACUCGAUGACUCUUGACAAGUACUCGUGGGGUUUCCGACGGGAUGCUCAGCUUUCAGACAUUUACAGCAUGGAUGAGUUCAUUGCUCUUUUGGUCAGGACGAUCAGUCUGGGCGGUAACCUCCUGGUGAAUGUCGGCCCCACGAAGUACGGCGUUAUCUCCCCUAUCUACGAGGAACGACUCACUCAGAUGGGACGAUGGCUUGAGGUCAACGGAGAAGCCAUCUAUGGCACUCGGCCUUGGAAAUAUCAGAAUGAUACCGCCAACUCUGACGUAUGGUACACGUCAAAGAAAGACAACAACGGCACCGUGGUGUAUGCUAUUGCCUUGAAGUGGCCGACAGGUUCCACCCUGAAACUGGGGGCACCCAGCGUCACCCCUCAGACCCGAAUCUCGCUCGUCGGCUACAGUGGCUCUCCCUUCAGCUUCACCAGCCUGGGGUCCCAGGGCGUGUCUAUCACCAUCCCACCCAUCCCCUUUAAUAAGAUUCCUUGCCAGUGGGGCUGGACAUUCAAGCUGGAAAAUCUUAAUCAGUGAGAUCAACAGCAGAAUAUAAAAAGUAGUACAUUUUUGUCUUAUUGUUGUUUCUUGUGCAAAGCCUUUAUAACGAAUCGGACGCAAUUUUUUUGCAACGUUAACUUUGAAAAGUACUUUUGUCACUGAAUCUCGGAACAUACGGCUGGUUGUUUUGAAUAAAUGUUUCAAUUGAUGCAAACGUC